CUCGCUCCUGCUACUCAAUCCUCCUCAUCCCGUGCCCUCCAAGGGACGAAAUCGAAGACGGCAACGCCACACGCCCACACCAGAGCCAAGCGACCAGCGUAGGAACCCACGCGCCGGCGCCUCCCAGCUCUUACCCUGCUGGGCGUGCGGUGGUUCGUUAGUGGCGGGAUUUUCCUUCCAUUUUCCGGCCGCCGUCUUGGCAUCCCGAUUCCCGGCCUCUCGCGGCGUGCCGCCGACACCACCGAGCAAAGGAAAGCAGCUCCUGAUUUAAGCUCAAUUCGUGGGGGAUCGAGGCAUCGUGGCCUUCCGAUUGCUUCGCCGCCCGCUCCUCCGAAAUCUCGCCGCCUUUUGAUCUCUCUCACCGCGUGGUGCGGAAGGAUGGGGGAGGGGGCGAAGGCGAUGCUGGCGAAGCCGAUCCAGCUCGCGGACCAGGUGGCGCAGCAGGCGGGGUACCAGUGCCUCCGGACGGACUGCACGGAGCUCCGGGCGCGCGCCAAGAAGCUCGCCGAGCUCCUGCGGCAGGCGGCGCGGGCAGACCUGUACGAGCGCCCCGCCGCGCGCGUCAUGGCGGACACCGAGCGGGCGCUCGCCAAGGCCGCCGGCAUGGCCGCCCGCUGCUUCCAGAGCCACUCCCGCCUCCGCCGCUUCUUCACGCUCAACCCGGUGUCGGGGCUCCCGCGCACCCUCGCCAUGCUCGACACCGCGCUCGAGGACAUCGACUGGCUCAUCCGCAUCUCGUCCCCGCAGGCCGACGACGACGGCGACCUCCGGGGCCUCCCCAACAUCGCCCAGAACGAGCCCGUGCUCGGCAUGAUCUGGGACAACAUCGCGCGCCUCCACACCGGCGGGCUCGCAGCGCGGGCCGACUCCGCCGCCACGCUCGCCUCCCUCGCCCGCGAUAACCCCCACUACGCCAAGUACAUCAUCGAGGAGGACGGCGUCCCGCCCCUCGUCAAGCUGCUCAAGGAAGGCACCGACGACGGCCAGGAGGCUGCCGCCAUGGCGCUCGGCCUUCUCUUCCGCGACGAGGAGAGCGUGGAGAAGCUCCUCCACACCGGGGUGUGCUCCGUCUUCGCCGCCGCGCUCAAGGAGCCGCCGAUGCGCGUGCAGGCCGCGGUCGCGGACGCCAUCGCGUCGCUCGCGAACCACAGCCAGAAAUGCAAGGACCUCUUCGCCCAGAACUACGCCGUCCGGCACCUCGUCGGCCACCUCGCCUCCGGAACCAUCCAGGAGCACAGCAGGUACUCUGUCAGUGGGAACGGCUCUAGGAACACCCCUACUCCGGCGGCGGCCAUGUCCUCGCUCGACAAGCUUCACUCCGUUGUGCUUGCCAAGUCGCGCAGCGUGCACCAAGGCGGGUCUGGUUCCUCAACAAACGAGCCGCCGAACCAGCCAGAAGCCUCGAAUGGCGGCCAGCAGCGAGAAAGAUCGAACCAGAUGCAAUCGGUGGUGAAAUCCGCGAUAGCGGCCAAGACAAACGUAGCCGCGCCUCCACCCAGUAGGCCUCAGCUGAGUUCGAACGGUUCGAGCGGCCGCGGAUCGCGCGAGGCCGAGGACCCGGCUACCAAGGCGCACAUGAAGGCUAUGGCGGCGAAGGCUCUGUGGAAGCUCGCGCGAGGCCAUGUCGGAGUCUGCACCAGCAUUACGGAGUCUCGCGCGCUCCUCUGCUUCGCCAGGAUCCUCGAGAACGGCGACGGCGGCGCGGGCACGCACCUGCAGUUCUACUCCGCGAUGGCGAUCAUGGAGAUCACCCGUGUCGCCGAACACAACCUCGCGCUCCGGCAGUCCGCGUUCAAGCCCAGCUCGCCGGUGGCCAAGGCCGUCGUGGAGCAGCUCCUCCGCAUCGUACGCAAGGGAGACGACGACGAACUGCUGUGCCCGUGCGUCACCGCCCUGGGCUGCUUGUCGCGCACAUUCACCGCGAGCGAGACACGCGUGAUCGGCCCGCUGGUGCAGCUGCUCGACGACAGGGAGAUCCCGGUCAUGAAGGAGGCCGUGGUGGCGCUCACCAAGUUCGCCUGCACCGAGAACCACCUGCACGUGAACCAUUGCAAGGCCAUCAUGGACGCCGGCGGCGCGCGGCACCUCGUCCAGCUCGUGUACCUCGGAGACCAUCUGCAGAUCGAGGCGCUCAUACUGCUCUGCUACAUUGCGCUGCACGUCCCAGAGAGCGAAGAGCUCGCGCAGGCCGGGGUGCUCGCCGUGCUCAUGUGGGCGUCCAAGCAGGCACACAUGGUGCAGGACCUGCGCGUUGAGGCACUGCUGCCGAACGCCAAGGGUCGGCUGGACCUCUUCCAGUCCAGGGCAUCCAGGUGAUGAUUGCAGGCUUGCAGCAAUCACCCGGUGGAGAUGAGUUUGUUCAUCUUGCUUUACAGAAUCAGAUUAGAUUUGUGUCUAUUUUUCUUUGCAGUUUUAAGUUCCAGAUAUGCGAUUGUUAGAGUGUACAUAUCCCGGUUCCGUUUGUCAAAGAAAGUGUUGAUUGAAUUGAAUCGUCUCAUUCUUAAGUCCUGAGGAAUUCAUGUUGAUCAUUCUGUACGUGUAAAGUCGAAAUGAAAAGAAAGGUUCUGUUCA